UUGUCUGCCUCAGGAUUUAGAACAUCCUCAUAAUGAACAUGCUACGACUCAGCAACCAGAGUAAAGUACGACAGUGUUUUCAAUGUCAGGGGGACACAGAAUUCUACUGUAACACGUGUAAACGUGACCUGUGUCUACAGUGUAAAGAGAAACACGUUGUUGAUUUAGAUACCAAUUACCAUGAUGUUGUGAUUUACCGUGAGAAAUUUGGAAACAUCUCAAAACAAGAAACUUGUCUGAGACAUCAAGACAGAGUGUACAAAUUGUUCUGUCAUUCUUGCAACCUGCCUUUUUGUUUCGGAUGCAAAGAUCAUUUCAAAAUUACAGAACAAACUAUUUGGAGUAAACAUGACAUUCUGGAUAUUUUCAUAGCAUACGAAACAAAUAGAGAACAACACCAAGAAAUCAUUCAUAAAAUCAGAAGUGAGAUUCUCUAUAACUGUAUCUGGCUCCUGGCAGGAAUCAAAACAGAUGUAAUAGCUUGUCACCAACAAAUCAUCAAACGUCAAUCAGAAGUGUCAACGAAAACUGGAGGUCCCAAGAUAAGGGACACUCCUAGUCUUACAAAACGCGCCCGAGUCUCUAUGACAGAGGAAAUCAAUACGGAGGAUGUGAUAAAUUUAGGAAAAAUCCAUAUCCCAGAGACGAGGAAAAGACUAGUUAAAAAUGAACGUCUGCUGAAACUGAUGCCUACACCUGUGUUACACAGAUCUUUCACAGUGAAAGGUGUUAGUUCUGUAACACAAAUAUCCCAUGUGACAUCAGAUCAAGUCUGGAUUAGUGACGGUAUUAAUCUCAUCUUGACAAACACAACAGGUGAAAAACUAUAUCAUGAGAGAGGCUUGGCCAAACACUUACAUGAAUUUUUUCGUAAUGGAGUACACACAGUGAACAGAAAAGGUGAUCUUAUAUUUAUAGAUUGGGAGGGUAACAUUAAAAAACUAUCUAAAGAUUACAGAACAAUGUCUACACUGAAAAAUAAAAGAGAACAAUUGAGACCGCGCUGUGUGUACUGUUCCCCCUCCAAUGGUGACCUGCUGAUCGGGAUGUAUAGAUAUAAAACAAAUACUGGCAAUGUGAAACAGUACAAUUACAAAGGACAAUAUAUACAAACAAUACAACGCGACAACACAGGUCAGAAACUGUACAAUUUACCAACAUAUAUCACAGAGAACCACAACAGUGAUGUUAUUGUGUCUGACAAUAACUGUGUAGUGGUGACAAACCGUAAAGGAAGACAUCGCUUCUCAUAUAGAGGAUAUCAGACAGGGUCAGGAAUACGACCACUAGGAAUCUGUACAGAAGCGCUGUCACAUAUUCUGAUUUGUGAUGAAAACUCCAACACAAUACAAAUGCUUGACAAGGACGGUCACUUCAUGUCAAUAAUACAGACAGAAAAACAAGGGGAUGACUGUCCACUGAGGCAGAGCUUGAGUUAUGAUGAAAAAACCCACCUUCUCUGGGUUGGAUCAUGGAGCAAAAUAUUGAGUGUUUACAGAUAUAUAAAUAGACAAUACAUUCCGGCAGAUAAAUGAAAUAAGUUAAUUUUAUUAC